AUGCAUGGUAUCAAACGUUCACGUCUAUCUUCCCAGGCAGAAGUGAUAAGACGGGAGAAAGAAGCGGGAAAAAUCGCGGUGUAUGGUUCUCUGCAAGCUGAGAUCUUGACUUUGAAAAAGAACAAAAUAUAUACCCCGGAUGCGUUGAAAAAGACGACCGAGUUAUUGGACCUCAAUCCCGAAUUCUAUACGAUAUGGAAUUACCGAAGACAUAUCCUUCUUCAUCUGUUCAACUCUGCCAAUCCAGAAGAAAUCGUUUCCCUUCUCACUACCGACCUCCGUCUAACCAUGUCUUACCUCCAAGUCCAUCCAAAGGUGUAUUGGAUAUGGAAUCAUCGUAAAUGGUGUCUGGAAAACGUUCCGGUCGGUCCGGAAGAUACUGAAAGAUGGAGAAACGAAUUCUGGGCCAUGGAAUUGGCUGUGAUUGAGAAAAUGUUAGAUGCGGAUGCUCGGAAUUUUCACGCAUGGGAUUACCGUCGUUACGUUCUCUCUUCCUUACCUGAAUCUUUCAAACCUCCCCGUACAGCAUUAGACGAAUUACGCUAUACCAAGAAAAAAAUCGAAAGUAAUUUUUCAAACUUUUCCGCAUGGCAUCUUCGUACCAAGAUCCUCGGUGGGAUGUGGGAGGGGAUGGAGGGUCAUGUGGUGGAGAAACAGAAAGAUGCUGUGGCGUUGGAUGAUGACCUGGCUGACAUUGACGAAUUUGAACUUGUUCGUCAAGCAUUAUGGACCGAUCCAGGUGAUCAAAGUGGAUGGUUAUAUCAUCGUUGGUUGAUAGGUGAUCAUCCUGAGGAAAGUAGACUGAGGGAAGAAAUCAAUUCGAUUAGAGAAUUGAAUGAAACGGAACCUGAUUCUCGAUGGUGUAUGAACGCUUUGGCGCAAUACGAUAUCCUUCUCUCUUCUUCCACUCGAGGAGAAGAACGAAAUGAAUUACGACAAGAGGCUAGAGGGUUAUUGAGAAGAUUAGGAAAGGUGGACGUCUUUAGAAAACAACGUUAUAGAGAUAUAGCAAAGAAUAUAUAA